UAGGACUUUUUCUUUCCCUUUCUUUGUAUAUAAACCAGCUCCAAACAAGCACCAAAAUGUAGCUCUAAUAUUACUAGCUAAAUUCCACUGCUUAGUUUAGCUUUCUUUUAAAAAAUUAUUUUCCAUGGCCGAGAAAAGCAAGAUUUUGGUCAUUGGAGGGACAGGACAUAUCGGAAAAUUCAUAGUAAAGACAAGUGCUAAACUGGGUCACCAAACGUUUGCAUUGGUAAGAGAAACUGCAGUUUCUAAUCCUGAAAGGUCUGAAAUCAUUGAGAGUUUCAAGAGCUAUGGAGUAACUCUGAUAUAUGGAGAUAUUCAUGAUCAUGAGAGCUUGGUGAAGGCAAUCAAGCAAGUAGAAGUUGUAAUCUCCACGGUAGGAGGAUUGCAUAUAGCUGAGCAAGUCAAGAUUAUUGCAGCAAUAAAGGAAGCAGGAAAUGUCAAGAGAUUCCUGCCGUCAGAAUUCGGAGGCGAUGUUGAUAGGAGCCAUGCAGUGGAACCUGCUGCAAGUUUUUUUGGGCUUAAGGCUAAGAUCAGGAGAGCUAUUGAGGCUGAACGGAUUCCCUACACUUAUACUGUGUCCAAUGGAUUUGCUGGGUACUACCUGCCUAGUUUGGGACAACCAAAUGCACAUGUUCCUCCCAGAGACAAUGUUGUCAUCUUUGGAGAUGGCAAUCCCAAAACAAUUACAGUAGCGGAAGAAGAUAUUGCAGCUUACACCAUAAAAGCAGUGGAUGACCCGAGAACCUUGAACAAGAUCUUGUAUAUGAGGCCUCCCGCCAAUGUUUUGUCCUUCAAUGAGAUUGUCGCCAUAUGGGAGAAGAAGAUUGGCAACACCCUUCAUAAGAUCUAUAUUCCAGAAGAACAAACUCUACAGAAAAUUCAAGAAGCUCCUUCUCCUCUAAACCUGAUGCUGGCUCUUAUCCACUCUGCAAUGGUGAAGGGAGAUGCUACAAACUAUGAGAUUGAGGAUUCUUCUGGAGUGGAGGCUUCUGAGCUUUAUCCUGAGGUGAAAUACACUACGGUUGAUGAAUUCCUUGGCAAGUUUGUCUAAGCUACAAAAUGUUUUAACUCAGUUCCCUUUACUUUUCAGUCUUAUUUGUAAACUCAGUGCAUCUGUAACUACAUGUACUUUGUUCUUAAUUUGUGCAUGUCACGUGAACAUGUGUCUCCUUGGAAGGAGUUAGGGGGCAGUUGUUCUAAGAAAAAUGUAAUAAAGAAAAUUAACUAAAUUAACCAGCAUUGCUAA